GCAGGAAAGAGAAAAUUGCUUUGUGUAAAUUUCUUAGUGGGGUAAAAGUUCCACACGGCUACUCUUCAAAUAUUAAGAACCUUGUAUCAAUGAAAGACCUUAAGUUAAAGGGAUUGAAGACUCAUGAUUGUCAUGUUCUUAUGGAGAACUUGUUACCUGUGGCUUUACGCUCCAUUUUGCCAGAAAAAGUGCGAGAUGCCAUUACAAGAUUGUGUCUCUUCUUCAAGGCAAUUUGCAGCAAAGUGAUUGACCCUUCUAAGUUGUCAGCAUUGCAAAGACAAAUUUCUACAACUUUGUGUGAUCUUAAGAUGUACUUCCCACCUUCAUUUUUUGACAUAAUGGUUCAUCUAACCAUUCACUUGGUGAGAGAGAUACAAAUGUGCGGGCCAACUUAUAUGAGAUGGAUGUACCCUUUUGAGCGUUACAUGAAGGUUUUAAAAGGUUAUGUAAAAAACCGAAGCAGACCUGAGGGGUGUAUGGUUGAACGGUAUGUAGUCGAAGAAGCUAUUGAAUUUUGUACCGAAUACCUAUCCAAUGUUGAAUCUAUAGGGCUUCCGAAGUCUCAUCACACACGAAGUAUAGAAGGGGAAGGGCUCUUUAAAAGCGAGAUAAUAACAAUACAAGGUAAAGAAUGGCAACAAGCACACUUAUAUGUUUUGCACAAUGCAGCUGAAGUUGGGCCAUAUGUUGACAAGCACAAGGAAGUGAUUAAGGGGUUGAAUCUCAAUAGGUCUGAUAAUUGGUUAGCAAAGGAGCACAAUCGGACUUUUAUAAAAUGGCUAAAGGAUCACGUUUAUAAGGAGUGGGAAGAAGAUCCUACCUCGGUUUCAGAGAGGUUGAAAUGGUUGUCGAGGGGUCCAAGUAUGCAUGUCUUUAAUUACAACGGCUAUGUAAUUAAUGAUUAUACAUUUUACACAGAAGCCCAAGAUGAUCGGAGUACAAUGCAAAAUAGUGGGGUGACUCUUGUUGCUAGAUCUAUGCAUGUCUCUAGCGCCAAAGAUAGGAACCCCAUAUAUGCAGACAUGUCAUACUUUGGGGUGAUUCAACACAUAUGGGAGCUAGACUACACAACAUUUCAGGUUCCUGUGUUUGGUUGUAAGUGGGUUGACAAUAAUUCUGGUGUCCAAAUUGAUGACUCAGGGUUCAUUCAGGUUGAUCUUAAUAGGGUGGGGUUCAAAGAUGAUCCUUUUAUUUUGGCCUCUCAAGCAGAGCAAAUAUUCUAUGUCCCUGAUCCUGCUAACAAUAAAAGGUCCAUUGUUUUAUUAUCAAAUAAAAUAAAUGUCAACAACGAGGAUGGACAAUAUGUUCAGGAAGAUAAUGCUAUUGAAGAUGACCCUUUCUUCGGGAUAUCACAACCAAUUGACACCGAUUCAGAUGAAGAUGAUAGUUAUUAUGUUAGAGAUGAUCAUGAUGAGGGAAUUUGGAUGAAUAUAGCCUUUCAUAAUAAAAUUGAAACCACACGUAUGCGCAUAUUGAAGAAAAGGAAAAGAACUACUAAAACAAGUUAAACCAGAAAAUGGCUCCUUCAAAGCAAGAUAGUGGUGACACCGGUGUGAUUAAGUUAAUUAGGCGUGGAAGGACCAUUAUGAAAGAAGUCCGUCGUGCAACAAGUCAAGGAAUAAAAUUUGAGGUUGGUUGGGACCCGGAUGGUGUACCAAUUGAUCCCAACAAACAAAAAUUUGUCAGUUAUAUUGGUUAUCUUGCUAGGACAGACGUUCCAAUUACUUGUAAUUGGUGGCCAAAUGUUGACGAUGAAAUCAAAAACCAAAUAUGGGAAAAAGUAGAGGUUGCUUUUGAGAUUCACCCCUUGCGCAAAGACUAUGUACUUAAAGAAGCAGGUGCUUUGGCUAGAAAUUUUAGGAAAAUUCUAAGGAAAAAAUUUUUGGAUAAAGAUGGUAAUGUGAUAGAUCAUCCACCGCUGUCUUAUGACCUUGUGAUUGAUCAUGAUAUCUGGAUGGAAUUUGUUGAUCAAUAUAAAGAUGAAGAAUUCCAGGUGAAAUAAUAUUUGUGUGGUGUGCCAUGUUUUCAUUGCAUUUGAAUAAUUAUGACAUGAUGCAACUACAUUGUUUUGAAACAGAAACUAAGUGAACAGAAUAGGAAAAGAGUGUUGAAGCCUAAGUACCCUCACAAUUUAGGGCGUACGGGAUAUGCUUGCCUUCAGCAAAAGAUGUUGCAGGAGUCUGGAUCAAGCGAGACAUCCAUUCCUCGCCAUCGCUUGUGGAAGCGUGCUCGUGUGUCGAAAAAGGGCAAGAUUAAUAAUUUUUUCAUUUGUGUAGGGGAAGAGGGUUGAGCAGGAGCAACUAACACCUAAUGACAUGGAUACGUUUACACCACUAACACCUAAUGACAUCCCUAUGGGUACUACAUGUUGUUCCUUGUGUUUGGAGCUGCCUUAUUGGCGCGUGGUUGCUAAGGGAAAAGUGUAUAACACACUUGGUGAUACAAUUCAUAACUGCCCACUUCCAACCGGUUAUGUAAAAGUUAGUAUUGAUGUUGCGAUUGAGGAUGAUGCAAAAUUACCGGUACCAGAUGCAUAUGAUGAUUUGAUUAGCGUCCACGACGCAAUUGGGGGUUUAGUGGCGUGGCCUAUCAACCUCAUUCAACUUGAUCACACGAAUUGUCCAUCAUCAAAAGGGAAUGAAAUGAAGGAUAAAAGCAAGGCAGAGGAGAAUGACAAAGACAAGGCGGAAGAGAAGGACAAAAAUCAGGUGAAACCAUUGAUUGUGAAAGAGAAGGUGAUGGAAACAAGAUGCACAAGGGAAUCUGUUGCAUCGCCAAAUCAACACAGGUCUCACAUUGGGAUAAGUGCCAAUCAACUUAACAGUUGUACUUUUCUCAACAUAUAUUCAGAAAAGGUUCUUAUUCAAGGGAAACAAAUUAAAAUACCAAUAGAUCAAAAAAUAUUCCAUGAUGUUUAUAUGAAGAUUGAGCAUAUUGGUCGUGAGGAAGUCCGUGAAAUCACUGGGCAUGGUGAAUUAAGUGCUUCAGCCGUUUGUGUUUAUAUGAGGUUCUUAUUUGAUCACUGUGUGGCUGAAAACUUGACUGAGAAAUUUGCCUUUUUGAGUCCUCAUCGAACGGCACAUGGGCUGGCCAAUCAAAGCCAAUAUAUUUCGGAUGCAAUUAUGGCAAAUGGACACCCAAACCAAUUAUAUCUUGCACCGGUCAAUAUAGGGGCACAUUGGGUGUUGGUUGUGAUCAAUGCCACUACAGGGACCUUAUUUUACUUGGAUCCUAUACAUGGUAGUUUGAAUCAACGCAAAGUCAUGAAAGAGAUGUUUGAUAAUGCAAUGAUGAUCUACCGUGCUAAUUGCAAUGACAAGAGGAUUACAUGGUCCAAAGCCAAGUGGAAUACUAUAAAGUGCCCUGCCCAAACAAAUUAUAUAGAUUGCGGGUACUAUGUACUAAGCUUUCUAAAGGAGAUAAUUGCGCACAAAAAAUCUACAAUUCCACAAGCGUACUUCUCUGAUUGUCAAUUUGGCUUCUACGAUGAGGAUCAACUAAAUGAAAUUAAAGAAGAGUGGGCUACUUAUGUGUUAAAGAAUUUUGCCUAGUGUGGGCUAUUUGCUUUAAUUCCUUGUGAGAGUAUGGGCUACUUAUGGUAUGGAACUGCACUGCAUGUUAUUUUAGAGUAUUUGGUUCAAGCAGUGUACUGUACUGGCUAGUGUUGGCUAUUUGGUUUAAUUUCUUGUGAGAGUAUGUUCUCAACAACAAUUAGUAUUGUUUUGGACAAAUUAGUGUAAAUGUAUUGUUUUCUUAUUCAAGGUUGGAAUAUUUGAGUAAUUUGGCUAGAAUAUGUGAAUGUUGGUGAUUUUAUGCAAUUUAUUUUUCAAUAUAAACGUACUAAAAUUUAUGCACACACCAGGUAAAAAGAAAAAAAUCAAAAAU